CGUGGUGGGUGCGCCCUGCCAAGAAGGGCGGGGGCGCAGGGCGAGCACGCGGAGAGGAGAAGGAGGGAGAGGGGAGGGCGUGUGAGGGAGUGAGCUACAAGAAAAGGGAGCGCGCCCGCCGCCGCCGCCGCCCUCCUCCGAAGAGAGGCUGGAGUGAGGCUGUGCGAAGCGCCGCAUUUCAAUGAGGACGGGCCAAGGCACAUCCCUGCACUAGCGGCUGCAGCCCAGACGCCCGCGCUCCCGCAGCUGCUGCAGCCCAGCCCCGGCCCCGGCCCCGCAGCCCCGCAGCCCCGGCCGCGCCCAGCCCAGCGAGGACAGCACCAGGAGGCUGCCCCGCGCACCGCCACAAAGACUCCGGGCGGCGUCUCUCCACAGAUCGGUUCAACUUGAACUCCAUCAUGUCCUUCGGCAGAGACAUGGAGCUGGAGCAUUUUGAUGAGCGGGAUAAGGCGCAGAGAUACAGCAGAGGGUCGCGGGUGAACGGGCUGCCCAGCCCCACGCACAGCGCCCACUGCAGCUUUUACCGAACCCGCACGCUGCAAACCCUUAGCUCUGAGAAGAAGGCCAAGAAAGUUCGUUUCUAUCGAAAUGGAGAUCGAUACUUCAAAGGGAUUGUGUAUGCCAUCUCGCCAGACCGGUUCCGCUCUUUUGAGGCUCUGCUGGCUGAUUUGACCCGAACUCUGUCGGAUAACGUGAAUUUGCCCCAGGGAGUGAGAACCAUCUACAGCAUCGAUGGGCUCAAGAAGAUUUCCAGCCUGGACCAACUGGUGGAAGGAGAGAGUUAUGUGUGUGGCUCAAUAGAGCCCUUCAAGAAACUGGAGUACACCAAGAACGUGAACCCCAACUGGUCUGUGAAUGUCAAGACCACCUCGGCGUCCCGAGCAGUGUCAUCACUGGCUACUGCCAAAGGGAGCCCUUCCGAGGUGCGGGAGAAUAAGGAUUUCAUUCGGCCCAAGCUGGUUACCAUCAUCAGAAGUGGGGUGAAGCCACGGAAAGCUGUCAGGAUUCUGCUGAAUAAGAAAACAGCUCAUUCCUUUGAGCAGGUUCUCACUGAUAUAACCGACGCCAUCAAGCUGGACUCGGGAGUGGUGAAACGCCUGUACACCCUGGAUGGGAAACAGGUGAUGUGCCUUCAGGACUUUUUUGGUGACGAUGACAUUUUUAUUGCAUGUGGACCGGAGAAGUUCCGUUACCAGGAUGAUUUCUUGCUAGAUGAAAGUGAAUGUCGAGUGGUGAAGUCCACUUCCUACACCAAAAUAGCUUCGUCAUCCCGCAGGAGCACCACCAAGAGCCCGGGACCUUCCAGGCGCAGCAAGUCCCCAGCGUCGACUAGCUCAGUUAAUGGAACCCCUGGUAGUCAGCUCUCCACUCCGCGCUCAGGCAAAUCGCCCAGCCCAUCACCCACCAGCCCAGGAAGCCUGCGGAAGCAGAGGGACCUGUACCGCCCCCUCUCUUCGGAUGAUUUGGAUUCAGUAGGAGACUCAGUGUAAAAGAGACAAAGGAGCAAUGUAUAUGGUUUGUGAUUGGGUGAAGGUUUCACAUUUCCUAAGCAAAAGUCUAACAACAAAAUACACAAAAAAGUUUUGCAUACUUUGAAAUUAUGAAGCCCAAAUCAUAUAAAAGUAAAUAUAUAGGCAUUUUAUAUUCAUGAUGUUGAUCCUUGAAGCAGAUUGAUUUUUAUGCCUCCUACAAUGAUUUGGUUGGGGGAGCUUGAACACAAACGCACUCAAUUGCUGAGGUUUUUGGACAAGGCCUGGCUCCAGAUUACUUUCAUAAAUAGACCCAAUCAAUAUUGAGUAUAAGAACACACUAAUGAUGUAGUAAUACAGAAUCAUAAUUUCUGUGUGUAGGGUUUUCAUUUUAAUCACAAGUAGAUGUGUAGGUACAAUUUUUCUAUACUUUCAGUCAAGCAGAUUAAAAUGGCACUAGAAGACAUUUUUUUCUUAAAGUUAAAUUCUUUUUAAAAUUUAGAUUGCCGGUUUUUUAAAGGUCCUUUUACAAAAUAAUAAAGGUAUUUAAGUAGAUUUUUUUUUCUUCCUAGUCAGUAGACAAAGCUACUUAUCAUUUUGUGGGUUAAUAGAAUUGAAGAAAAACGUCAAGCACACACCCAUAAAGACUCUAACAUCAGGCAUUAGGAAUUUCCUUGUUUUUGUUGUCAAGCACGUUUAAUUUUUAAACUUAUCUUUCAUUGGAAACAGCAUAAAAAUAUAGCUUAAACUACAUACUAACAUAAAGAACUAUAAAUUGUAUAAUUCCUCCCACAACCAUAUAUGUAGUUUUUCAAAUGUGUGAAGACUGAAGCUAGGAAACUUUUUUUUCUUUUUUUACACACAGACCUAAAAAAAUGUGUCUGUACUUCUUCCAAAAAUUCAAUUUGAAAAGCAAAAUUCUUUUAAAUGGUGCUGUAUAAAGCAGGCCCCAAAUAUCCAAAUCUCCAUUCCAAGAAAUCCUGGAUCUUGCUGGUUUCAUAUGCAAAACUCCUUUUGUGUUAAACCAAGUAAGUCUGUGAUUAUAAUCCAUUGUUAACAUUAACCUACUAAUUCUGCUCUUCUAGUCCUCUUUGUAAAAAUUAUAGUCAGCUUUGCUUAAACAUAAAAUAAUUAUUUUAAAAUCUGAAUGUUAAAUUAAUUUAAUGUGUAUGGUCUAUUGUAUUUAAGCCAUAUCCUAGUGAUCAUUUAGUUUUACUAGUUCAAACACUAACAAUUUGAGACUUGUGAAGCAUGGUUUUGAUAUUCUAUAGGCUUGACAUAUCUCAGUAGGUGAUAAAUUAAAAAUGUAUGAUGCCAUUUGGAGGCUUUUACUUGAGUUUUUUUUUUUCUUCUUCAAAUUUUCCUUGAAAACUGAAUUUAGAAACAAAAUGUUUGAUUCAAGAUGGAGAGAAAUUCAGUUGUCAUAUACUGUUUUAAAUGGUACCAAUUUAUCUCCUUGAUAAAUUCCUCAACAAUCAAAUUUUACCAUCUGGUUUAUAGUUACAUAUGUUACCAUCUUACUUUGCAAGCGAAAAAAUAUUUCAACCAAAAGAAGAAAAAAAAAUGUUCAGGCAAUCUACCAGCAUUUGAAAACUUAGCCUUAUAAUAAUUAGUGCCUAUUAUCCUGUCUGUUGGAGAGAAAGACACUUCUCUGGCAGGUUAUUCGAGAACCACAAACUGAACCUUCCAUCUUGAAAGAACAGUUCAUAAUAAUACCUGUUCCAGACUUCAGGUUUUAAAACUGUUUCCAAUAGCAAUGAACAGAGACUCCUGCUGAGAUCAAAAGGCUGCUUUGUUUUAGCUGAAACAGUAAACAUCUGUGAAGUUGCCUGUGCUGGUGUCUGUUCUAGUUAUGUCUUUGUAAAAUGCAUUACUUAAUACAGUUGAGUCCAUAAAAGAUUAGUAUGUAUUUGACUGAGCUGUCAAAAAUGCAAAGAAAGCAGUGGAACAGUUAACUUAAAUCUGGUGGGGUCAGAUGGUCCAGAAGAAAAAUAAAUUCCAAUAAUUUUAACUUCCCUGCACUGUCAAUCUUAUGGACAACUACUGCUUAGAAAGGUCCAAUAAAUGCUAUUUGUUCUGGAUAAGUGGCAGAUACUACCAAUUGAUAUGAAGCCCAUGGCUUUGUUUAGACACGGCAAAAAGAAACUGGACUUGUACUAAUUGACGAUGGAUAUCAUGGCCAACUUUCCAUUCAAGCAGUUCCAAGGGAAAUGCUAUUCCACAGCAUUUAAUCUUUGAACAUAUGACUUUUAUUAAAGGACUGUUCAGGGGCAAUAUAUAUCAUUUACUUUUUGAAACUGAAGUCCCUCAGAGAUUGAAACAGCACACCAUUUAUAGACUUUGAGAUCUCUUUCUAUGCAGAGCAUAAUUCCAUUAUACUAUAGCAGAAAUUUAAAAAAUUCUUAGCAACAAAUCAGAAGUUUUCAGUUCAUUGGUGGAACCAAAUUGAUGAUUUAUAGGCAGUUAAGAUUUACUUACUUAUAGAAUUCCUUUAAAAAAAUUAGACACUGAAUUUUAAAAUUGUUCUACUGAGCAGGAGAGGACUCCAGCAAAAGCCAUGCAUUUUUGUCCUUACGAUAAACCUUAAAUGUGCUGUGAAGACACUGCUCUAGUUAAAAGUUUGAAAGUUUUUCAUUUGCACUCACUUUUUUCUUAGACAUCACAGAAAACGAUAUGAUACAUAUUUCCCUGCUUUCAGCAUUUUAGAAAUGUAAAACCUAAUAAUAUGUCAAGUGUGAAGUUCAGUGUGCACUCAAAAGACUGGUUCUGAAAGCCACGUGGUUUGUUUCUUCUUUGUCUUUCUUCAUCAGUUAAGUGGCGGGAUUGGGGGGGUUGUUGGGGGUGAAACCACAAUGUUUCUAUACUGUCUUAGGCUUUUAAGAGUGUCAGGUCCACCCAUCUGUACACAUCCCUGUGUUUAUAUAUUGGCUCAUCUAAAUAUUAAAAAAAAAUCAUAUUUUCUAAAAACAUUUUGAACCAGCGUUUAUGUACUGUAUGUGUUUCCUAUGUUAUCCAGCAUGGUAUUUUGGUUGCAUCCACUGCAGCUCUAUACACGAUUAGGCUCUUUUUAUUUUUUUUUUUAAUUUGAAAAUAAUAAAGUCUAAAAACCACAUUUCUUAAUACAAAUGAAUGAAAAUAUAGAAUAAUGUUCCUGAAAACUAAUUCCAUAUAUUUUAGCCAUUGGACUGUGAAAUUUUUCAUAUGUGGCCAUAUAUCUAUACAGGUGUUGUGGGUGUUUCUGUAAAUUUGCAGGACUUAGUGUGUAUAUGGGUGUACUUACAUAAGUAUGUGAGUAUGUGUAUAGACCAUAAGGAAUAAAGUAUGGCAUUUGUGACACAGCCUUAUAAGUUACUGGCUCUUGUGGAAUUAUUUGUAAAACCUUAAUGUCACACAUUGGCUAUGUGGCAUAUUAGUCAGAGCAUGUUUAAUUUCGAAAGUAGUUUGCUAAACUAUAUGGCAAAACAGUCCAAAUAGAUGCACUGAUUGAUUUUUUAAAAAAGAUUGGAAUCUAGAUAUACAAAAAAUAAUUGAAAUUCAGACAAAUCCAAUAUUGUGUUAACUAUUAAAUACAAUCACACAUUAAUGUUUAUAUUGUUAUGUCUCGAUAUUCAAUUAUUAAAAUGAAUACUAUCACUGAUGUUUCUCUAAUGUGUGUAUGUAUUGAUGACUUAUAGUUGUCAAUCAAUAUUUGCUAAAAAGUGAAAUAUUGUUUUAUAGAGUUGGGAGUAGUUGAGUACCAUACAUUAAAACAUAAAUAAAGGAGAAUCCAGCCUUUAUUUGAUUUGAAGUUUAAUAAAAAAGCCAGAUAACCUGUAAGGCGAUUUUGUAUGUUCUUUCAAAACACUGUUCUAAACUGUUGACAUAUUUUCAGUAGUAACUUUAAUAUACUUGCUAUAUGUGUGUAUAUAUAUCUAUGAAACAUAUACACACUUGAAAAUGUUCAUUGAAUGAAUUUACUAGAUAUGCAUACAUUUGCCCCUUUAUGCAUAUUUGCAUUAGCCUUGCUAGUGUGUCUAAUUGUGCAUGUUAGUGAUGCCUGUAUUUGACUGAGAUAUCCCACAGAAAUAUAGUGUAAAAAUUAGAGAUAUAUUUAAUUCAAUAUACCAAUUGCCUGAUGUGGUUUGUUAUACUGUCAGCUGAAAAAUAUUUGUAAUUUUGUGCCUGUAACGCAUGUGGAAAAGAUAGGAAAUCUGAGGCUCUAGCUAUAAUUUUUAAGGGUGCAUGAUAUAUAGUGUCUUUAAAAUGUGGUUUAUUUUAGUAAAGAUGAUGGAUAAAUUCCAAGAUAGUAUAAAUGACGCAUGUAAUACAUGAGUGUUUGUAUUAUAUAUGGCCACAAAAUGUCUUUGAAGCCAAGGUAGUAGGUAUCUGAAAGGUCAUGGACAAAGAACUAUGAAAGUUAAUUUUCUUGUGAUCUGUUUUUUUUAGUUUAUAUUCAUCAACAGCAAGGAACUGAGUUUAUUUCAUCUAAAUACGUUUCAUUUCAAAAUACGUUAUUGUUGUAAAUUUGGAUAAAAUUUUUAUGAAACAGUAGACAUACUUUCUGCUUACAGUUUGACUUGCUUGGAUAUGUAUUCUUUUAAAAAGAGCGUUUGGUGUUAAAAAUGUUUUAAACAGCAAUAUGUUUAAAUAAUCCAUCAAUUGAGGCCAUCAGCAGAGUUUUAUAGAGCUAAAUGAUGAAAUGUUUCAUUGAACCAUCCAAUUUUGAAAGUUCCACCACUUUGUGCUGUGGUUUCCUUGUAAAACAUUGUACUUUGUUUCACACUGGACCAUGUUAUUCCUCUCAAAGUUAACUUUGUGACACUUACCACCUUAGAAUAACUAUGUAAUAAACAGGAAA